CGCCUUGCUAUCUUGCGGGCAUUAAGAGGAGUAAUAUUUGUUCUCCUUCAGUGCCGCAAAUCAAAGGCUUCAUUUUUCCAUUUACAGAUUAACCAUGCCUGCCAAUCCAUCUCAUGAAUCAUCAAGUCCGCCGCUGGGCGAGUCCGAUCAACUCCGUUCGGCAAGAGCGAGCGGCCGGAAACGAAAGAGAGUCUCCGUGGCCUGUCGAUCUUGCCGCGCACGCAAAUCUCGCUGCAACGGUGCUCGGCCCUGUUCGUCGUGCGAAGACGUGGGGACGGAGUGUCAAUAUGAACAGUUGCCGAGCCGGCAGGUCCCCGCAAGUGGCCCUGAUACAAGGGACCUGCUUGAUGCGAACGCGCUGCUCGAGCGGCGACUGCAGACGAUAGAAGAGCAACUUCAGGCCCUGCACUCGGAGAGAAGAUCGUUAGGGGUCCAGUCAGUAGUCUCUCCCACUGUCCGUGAUGGCCAACAGCCACAGGGUCCUAUAGAUCUAGGAAGGACACCGAUCCAAGAUGAUGGAGUGGAUGGUAUGGGUGCUGUCCCCUUGAAAGAUGGUGCCGAUGAAGACGAAUACUUUGGGAGUUCUUCUAACGUUGCCUUCUUGCGGAUGAUCAUGAAGUCUGUUGGCCACCGACCUGACCCAGUCUUCAGAAACUCUGACUCUGCCAUAAACCCCUCCACAGGUAUUGGACAACCUAGAGGAAACAACUCUGACGCGCGUUUUACAAGACCUCCCAUUACGACCCCCCUGUCCGAGGGCCGGCAACAAGCUCAUGAAGAUCCCCUUAAGCUUCCUUCUGCGGAAGAAGCAGAGCGUUUGUUGCGCUUUUACUUCACUACAGUCAAUCUGAUGAUUCCCUGCAUUCAUGAAGGCUCUUUCAGAGAGACUUAUUCAAGAAUGCAGAGUCAUGGGCUUAGUUCCGUGAGCAGAUCGUGGCUCGGCAUACUUAACGUGAUACUUGCCAUUGCGACAAAUGUUUUGUCCCCAACGUCACCUACCUGCGAGCGGGCGGCGAAAUCCAACGUUUACUUUGAGCAGGCACUUCAUCUAACCAGGCCCAGUGUCUUUGGACGCAUUUCAUUGGAAAUAGUGCAACUCUCUCUUCUCAUGGAAACGUACCUGGAAGGAACUCCAUCUUCUUCUAUGACAUGGACUUUCCACGGCCUGGCAGUGAAAGGGGCAUACCAAUUGGGACUUCAUGUGGUGGAUGGAUCUGAGAACCUGCCAGAACUCGAUCAAGAGAUUCGCAAAAGAUUGUGGUACUGGUGUGUUAUGAAUGAUCGUUUGCUAAGCGUCAGAUAUGGUCGUCCUCCCCUAAUACAGCUGUCUCAUGUGAGACUAGACGAAACCUUGCGUCUACCGUUUAGCAAUGUGUCCAACGCCACCACAGUCUCCAGUCUGGAAUACUUCAAUGCUAUUUUGUCCAUUACACACAUCAUGGGUGACGCGGUGGACCGGCUAUACGGCCAGAAUCUGGAGUUCCAAACUCAUCUCCCAAUGAGCGAAACGCUCGAUCGGAUCUUCGGACUAUCCUGGAAGCUAGCUCACUGGCAGGACAACUUACCUCCCACCUUACAGAUUAUAAACUCCACGAAAGAAGCUCUGAACGAUGUUCCUCUCACCGUUGGCACGACCAGAUUCCGCGUCCUGCUUUCCCUUCGCUAUCUGGGUGCAAGGAUCCUCAUAACACGACCCAUUCUGAGAAAAUUCCUUGACAUGGGCAGUAUGACUGCCUCUCACGAGCAUCGGUCAGAGUGGCUUGUCAGCUCUGGUGCUGGGCUGCUUGCAGAAUUAAUUCGUACGUGCCGCAACGUUUUGCAGAUCAGUAAGAGUAUCCUGCUCGGGUCGAAGAGUGACCAGAAUUUGCUCGGUGCCUGGUGGUUUUCCUGUUUCUAUACAUUCAAUGCUUCCCUUGCAAUUCUGGGUGUGCUCCUUAUCAAGAGAAUCCCCGCAUAUUCCAAAGCAUUUUCAAUGUUUUCGGUCUCGGAGCUCCGAGCCCUCGUCAACACAGCCAUCGAUAUCCUGCACGGUCUAGAUCAAGGCAACGAGAUGCUCAUCAAAUGUCAAGACACUUUGCGAAAGUUUCUCAUCGCCAUCGAUAUUGACGAUAAUGUGGCACAUUUUACACCCCAGCCAUUGACGCUAUCCCCGUCCAACGCGUGGACGUGGGAACUCAUCGAUCCGGCAUUCUUCGGCUCCGAGGCCUCGAUGAGUUUCGCACUCGGGGCGUUUGGAACUGAAGGUGGUGGUGGGUUUGAGGUACCAGCCAUAGCUGAGCCUUGGGAUAUCUCAGGGGUCUCGCAGCGGUCUGACCCAAGCUGGUAGUAGGGUUAUGUUUUAAUAUGAGGAAGAUAUGGUAUGGCAUGGGUGCUAAUAGAAGUGCUGUAAUGCAUCCGCCUUACUGGAGAUCUAUUAACUCUUUUCCCGUCAGCCUGUACCUAGGACUCGGUAGCGCUUCCUUUCGCGUGAUAUCGUGAUGUCCCGGUACGGAAUAUUAGACGCAUGAUGGUGUAACUCGCUCGAGAUGUUCUUCAAAUCUUCCACGGGGUAGGGGCGCCUGGUCGAGAGUUGAGAUGCUACCGCAUCAUUGCCGAUUGCCCCGCUAUCAUGUUUUAGGGAAAAGCUGGCUCCUCCUCGCUUCUAUCCUGGCUCGUGACAGACUUGUUGCGCCGGUUUCACGAUAUCCUACCGAGUCCACCGCUACUCUUGGCGCAUUCCAUGGUUGAAUCAUAGUCGUAAUAAGGGUGUGUCCCUUUAUGAUCAGGGGUAUGCAUCCAGCCUGAUAAAUCAAACUAGAAUAUCGCAGCCUAGAUCUCUAGUAAUUCUUAUACAAUGCAUGCAGAAUUAUAGGAUCAA